AUGGAGACCAUUGAGUUUAUUUUGGAACGAUGCCGAGAUUCCGAUCCAACAAUCCGGAAAUUUGUAUUUGGGACAAAGCUAUUUGAGCUGGACCCAAACGACUUGACAAUUCAACAUCGCCAGUACCUUGUCAAAGUCGGACUUGCCGAAAGAAACUCGCUGGCUUCACAAUCAUUUUUCAAGCUAAUUUUCACUCAUUGGCUAAAAUCCACUUCGUCUUCAGGGUUGUCCAACUUGGUGUCUUUGUUUUUGAACGUCACCGACUCUUUCAAUGACACCGAUGCAGGCGGGCAUGGGGCUAUUGAACGAUUUUCCGAUGAAUUCACUUUGCUUUCAGAAAAAUUGCUUUUGGAUUUUUUUUGCAAGACACAAGUGAAUCUUGGCACAUUUGGCAUUCUUUACUUUGAGGCAAAAACACCAGAGCCUUUCCUGGUCGCACAAGUGUAUUUCACUCAUAUGUUCAACUCUUUUCCCGACCCCCAACAAGCGUCGUUUGAGAUAUCAACAUGUCUUCCCGACAUAUCGGCUCUUGUUUUACAAUUGGAUAAGCAUGCAGAAUGCAUCUCCGGCUCAACGGUGUUUAUUAUAAAACAGCUCAUGAAAAUCAUUGCAUUUCUUCCGUUGAACACAGAUGAGGUCGGCAGAAGGCGGCUGAUCUCUGUUGUCCGUAACCAUCAAACGCGGUUGACUAAUUUCUAUAGAAUCCCUUAUAAUCAAACCAAAUAUCCCGGAAACGAUGCCGACAUUUCCGAUUGUAUUCUUUCCUCAAUUGCAGACCUUCAGUGCAUUUUUUCGAUCGAUUUUGAGGCUUCCGCUGAAGACUUGUCCUCCUUGUCCUCCUCAAAUAAAGAGGACCAAUCUCCCUUCGUGGAGAGAAGGUUUCAAAAGGAUCCAUCGUCUUCAUUGGAUGAGAUAACUGUUUUAGCACAUUUGCGGUGCUUGCAGUUAAUCAAAGCAGCGCCAUCGGGCUCCUUUUUUUCUCUUUUGAACGAAAUUGCAAUUCCAAGCAUCAACAGUACGUUGUCGGUCUUGCAAACAAGCGGUCUUGAGGUCCUUUCCUUAUUUUGCACUUUUGAAAGGGCCUUAUUUGAUAUUUUGGUCCUAUAUGGGGCAUCCAUUCACCAGGAGGAAUCACUGGCCAAUAUUGCAAUACUUACGACAUUGAAGAACAUUCUCUGCUCGCUAGAUAUUCAACAAGUUGCAGUCGAAGGCUUUUCUAAACUCCUUUCCAUCCAAUUGAUCCAAGAAAGGGUGUCAGAAAUGGAAAACAAUGCCGCUCUUUCGCCAAAAGCGGAGCCUUCAAAAUUUGAUUUAGAGGCCAUCAUCCCUGUAUGCAGGAUCCUGGCCCCGGUGCUGGAAUCCCAGCUAAGCCUUGGCGAAGUUGAGGAUUCAUGUGCGAACCUCAGUCUCUCUUCAAUUCUGAACCAAGCGAUUGCAUGGACUUCUCUCUCUUUUCUAAGAAAAAAAGACACUCCAUCAUCAGAGGCACACGUGGAGCUUGCAAUUGCCCUUUGCGAGGAGCUGUUGGAAUAUUCAACAAGCAACCUUUCUUCAAAGGUUCUUUCGAGCCACCUAUCAAAACUCAACUUUGGUGCUUGUUCGAAAGAAAAUCUCCAAAAUAUGCUUUCCAUUUCAUCUGUCGUCCUUAAGGUUUGUCAUACUUUGGCAUUGGUAACCCCUCAAGGUGUCUCACAACUCAGACAAGUCAACAGCGACGAACAUGAAGCGGUUUGCGGGCAUCCUGGUCGGCCUUCUCUCUUCGAUAGAAUAAAUAGAUAUCGCGCAAUAGUACAACAUUCAACGUGUGCAAGAUGA